CCGCUUUAACUGGCCGCAUCACGUGACGAGCUAUGCUGAACGCGUACACCACGAUAGAAAUUGAAGUGGUGCGGGACAGUCGCUAGACAUCCUCGGUCGCUGACGCAUUAACGCCAACUGGGUAGCCGCCGCCUACGGAAUCGGGUUACAUCCGGUCGGGGGUUGCGGGAACGCCGUCGCGUUUGCACGGAUGCACGUGAUCCGGUGGAAGCAAACGGAGAGAACUGCAACCUAUGCCAGCGAUUGUUGAAAGUUUAUUAGAACUGUGAUAGUGACACGAAAGAGUGGAAAGAAAUCUUUGUAAUUAUGGAAAACUCAAAGGAAGAAUAUAUAAAUAUGCAGCUGAUCGACUCUCAAAGUCCUUACAAAGGCAAUAGUGAAAUUGCUGCGAGUGGCGUAAAUAAUACCGAAGCUGCACUAUCGUCCACCGCAGAUACGGAGGAUUAUGAUCCCCAUAAGCACCGGAACAGACAGAAUCCCACCACAAAUUUCGAAACCCUAGUCCACUUGCUGAAGGGCAGCUUGGGCACGGGAAUUUUAGCGAUGCCGAAUGCAUUUUACAACAGCGGUCUCCUGGUUGGCGUCAUAGCUACGAUACUCAUAGGAGUACUGUGCACCUACUGCUUGCACGUGCUCGUGAAGGCGCAAUACAAAUUGUGUAAACGGUUGAGAGUUCCUAUACUGAGCUAUCCGCACAGCAUGAAAUACGCUCUCGAGCAAGGUCCUCGAUGUAUGAGCUGGUUCUCUCCGUACGCGCCAGGACUCGUAGACGGGUUCAUGAUAGUCUAUCAAAUGGGAAUUUGCUGCGUUUAUAUCGUAUUUAUAGCGACAAAUAUAAAACAGGUGGCAGACCAGUACUGGGAACCUUUGGAUAUUUCGACCCAUAUGCUCAUUUUGUUGCUUCCGCUGAUUUUGAUAAACUACAUUAGAAAUCUGAAGUUACUGGCGCCGUUUUCCACCCUAGCGAACCUUAUUACGUUCGUCGGGCUCGCUAUGACACUAGUGUAUAUGUUUGACGAGCUACCGCCGAUCAGCGAGAGGGAGAUGUUUGGUACAUUAACAAAUUUUUCCCUCUAUUUUGGAACGACGUUAUUUGCGUUAGAAGCCGUCGGUGUGAUUAUAGCACUGGAGAACAAUAUGAAGACGCCGCAAUAUUUCGGAGGCUAUUGCGGCGUGCUGAACAUAGGAAUGAUCGUGAUCGUCAUCUUGUACAUAGCCGUGGGAUUUUUCGGUUACGUAAAGUAUGGAGCUGAGGCUGCAGGCAGCGUUACCUUCAAUUUGCCGGAGGAUGAAGCUAUGGCUCAAAGCAUUAAAAUAAUGUUCGCGAUCGCCAUAUUCAUAACGUAUGCCUUACAAGCCUACGUGCCUGUCGAAAUCAUGUGGUCCACCUACUUGGAUCACCGAAUACAAAAUCGUAAAGUCCUAUGGGAGUACGUUUGCCGGACCCUCAUUACCUUGUGCACGUUCGUUUUGGCGAUCGCCAUACCAAGGCUUGGCCUAUUUAUCUCCCUCUUUGGAGCACUCUGCCUGUCCGCUCUCGGCAUCGCCUUCCCGGCGAUAAUCGAGAUAUGCGUGCUGUGGCCGGAGAACGAUUUCGGUCCCCUCAAAUUCACACUAAUCAAGAACAUCCUCCUGAUUGUGUUCGGGAUGAUAGGUCUCGUGGUGGGGACCUACGUCAGCAUCGUGGGCAUAGUGGAGUCCUUCCAGUGAACUGCACCGAAGGUAAAACGCAAAGCACUCGAAAGCUUUCGAAAUAGGAAAAUUGAGAAAUAGAGAAAGCGAGACAAGGGAAAAGCAGCUUGCAACUUCGAACGAAAGCGAGCGUGCGGAAAGCAAUCGGAAAAUGCUUUUGUGAGCUUGUCACCGCCAUGAGUUUACUUAGACUUUACGUAGGUAACGAAAAGAAGGUAGGUAAGUGCGCCGUAGGUGGUCGAGGAGCACUCGAAAUCUCACGCGACGAAAACCCCCGAUCGGGCGGUUCGAUCUGUGAUGAAAGCUUUCCUAUGAGCAUCGCGCGAUGAUGUGCCAUCGUCGCGGGUCGUUGUUGAAGAUUUUUAUCGCCCAGAAAUCCAUUACGCGUAUCACAUUGGAUGCACGUGCAUCCAGUUGGAUCGCAUAUGCAGAUCUCUGUACGUGCAGACGGUCCAUUUCAGUAUACGUAAAAAUUGUAUCACGUCCAAAGUGCUUCACACCUUACCUUAGCAUUACGCGGCAUAUCGAGUAGGCGUACCACCAGGAGUUUCCCCAUACAUAGACAAUUAUUAAGACGCGUUCGCUUAAGCUUCUUAUCUCGGUGAUACGAGUACUUAGGGGUACGAACACGGCAUUCAUUUUCCUGUACAAAGUGGAAAUGUCGCAAUAAUUAAUCGAUAUUUUCCUGAUAUGAGCAUUGAGAAUUUUGCCUCGAUGUGUUUCACUUUCGAAUUUAUUUAGACCGGGCCGAUGUGAUUAGCAAAAGCAGAAACCGUCUCGCAAUUUUUAUUUUGUAUGUAAUUUAAUCAGAGGCGGUAACAUAGAUGAAAGAUUUAACUAAAAUAAGAUAUUUUUGUCAAAAUAAUUAUGACUGAAAGUAUCUUGUGCAUUACGAAAUGAUCGUCAUAAGCAAUUUUGGCAAUGAUUUACUGCGAUAAUUAAUUGUCACAUUCUUAUCGAAGGAAAUAUUUCAAUGUGGUCAAUAUUAUGUGGUCAAUGGAGAACAUUGUAAAUGUUCACAAAAACUAUUUCCAAUACUUAAGCGUUAUCCAUAUCCCAGUUCCACAUUAUACGGAACGGCAAGCAAUAUGAAUGCAAUGAAAAUUAAUGACAUGUGAAUAUUUUUCGUAUUUAAUUUCGGGAGAUCUCUCUCUAUCUUAAAUUCAGAUUUCUUUUUAAAGAAAGUUUGCAUGGGAACAUCGAUAAUAGAACUCAUAUUUUAUUUGAAAGAAUAGUUUAAAAGAAAGAACAUUAUUUCAGUAGAAUUAUAAGCUUGAUGUUAAAACGCGAAUGAAAUGAAAGUAAUGUAGAAUAUAGAUAAAAUACAAAGGACAAAAUGAAAGUUACUAAAAUACUACUAAAAAAUAAAACUCAGCUCGAUGUUAAAGCGUGAAUAAAAUGAAAGUAAUAUAGAAUAUAGGUAAAGUGCAAUGGAAUAAAUGAAAGUAAUACGUCACUGUUAAAUAUAUAUAAAAUAAGUCACUGUUAUAUAUAUACACGCGUUCCAUUUUUUACUAUUGGGAUUUUAAUGCUCUCUACAGAUGCACGCUGCAGAAUAAUUAAAAACAAACUCGAAAGAAAUAAAUAUAGAAAAUGUAUGUAAAAGCGGAUCUAUAUACAUAUACAUAUAUGUACAUUGUAAUUAUUAUCGAAAUAGUUCUAAAUUUACAAUGUUAAUUACGAAUUGAUAAUUUAUGAACAUGUUGCAUCUAUAUAAACACGUUAAGACGAUGUAACCAGCAGAAGUAAUUGAUAGUCGUACUUAUAAUAGAACCGUAAAUGUUCCGUUACAAAGCUGUUAGGAUCCGCUGAAUUUUUACUUCCAUUACAUUUUGUUCGAUAAAUAAUCAUGUAACCGUAUGUUAUUUCAUACGGAACUUUUUACCGAAUACUUUUUCACGAAUACUGUGCGGCUAUUUAGAAUUUAUUUCUUUUUGACGUAAUAUAAAAUAUUCAUAUAUAAUAAA